AUGUCAGACUCCCCGCAUAUCGUGAACAAGCCCGCCCCGGGCAUCUCAUACUUCACCCCCGCCCAAACACCCCCCGCCGGUUCUGCCGCAAUCCCCCAGUCCGACGGCACCCAACCACCGAAACUCUUCCAACCCUUCACCGUCCGCGGCGUAACAUUCCACAACCGCAUCGGUCUCUCCCCACUGUGCCAAUACAGCGCCGACGAUGGCCACAUGACCGACUGGCACGUCGCGCACCUAGGCGGAAUCGCCCAGCGCGGCCCAGGCCUCCUAAUCGCCGAAGCGACAGCCGUGCAGACGAACGGUCGCAUCACGCCCGAAGACGCCGGUCUCUGGAAAGAUUCGCAGAUCGAGCCCUUCCGCCGCGUCGUCGAGUUCGUCCACAGUCAGAAUCAAAUUAUCGGCGUGCAGCUUGCCCAUGCUGGUCGCAAGGCUAGCACGGUCGCGCCUUGGCUUAGCAUGGCGGCUACGGCGACCAAAGAAGUCGGUGGGUGGCCGGAUAACGUCAAGGGUCCGACGAAUGUUCCUUUCAAUGCGAAGUUCCCGACGCCGCAGGCGCUGACGAAGGACGAGAUUGAGACGUUCAAGAAGGAUUGGGUAGAGGCUGUAAAGAGGGCUGUGAAGGCCGGUGUUGACUUUAUCGAGAUUCAUAAUGCUCAUGGGUACAUGCUGAUGAGUUUCUUGUCGCCGGCUACCAACGAUCGCACUGAUGAGUACGGUGGUAGCUUUGAGAAUCGCAUUCGUCUGUCGCUGGAGGUUGCGAAACUGACACGCGAGAAUGUGCCUGAGAAUAUGCCUAUCUUCCUGCGUGUCUCUGCUACCGACUGGUUGGAGGAAUCGCAGGCUGACAGCCCGAGCUGGCGUGUCGAGGACACUGUGCGGUUUGCGCAGAUUCUGGCUGAGAAGGGCGACAUUGAUGUACUCGACAUCAGUUCUGGCGGUAAUCACGAGAAGCAGCACAUCCAUGCCAAGGCUGGGUUCCAGGCGCCGUUUGCUGUUGCCGUCAAGCAAGCGGUUGGGGAUAAGCUGAAGGUUGGAUCGGUCGGUAUGAUCGGAACUGCUGAGCUUGCCGAUUCCCUGCUCGAGAAGGAGGGAUUGGACUUUGUGCUUGUCGGUCGGGGCUUCCAGAAGAACCCCGGCUUGGUGUGGACUUGGGCUGAAGAUCUCAACGUUGAGAUCUCCAUGGCGAACCAGAUUCGAUGGGGCUUUGCUAGUCGUGGUACCGGUGGUGGUCCUUACUUGAACAGACGGGGGAAGAUUUAG